CCAAAAGUGUUUGUCUAACUCGUUCAUCAGUUAACCAAAGCUGAUGUGCGUCCACCGAUAUUUCUUUAUAAAAACAGGUCUUCAGGUGUUCGGCAUCACAGAACGCCCCAAAGAUUUGAAAUUGAAUUUCUGCUUGAAAGGAAAAAUGCUGGAGAAAAUAAAAUGUUACCUACUCUUGGCUCUUUUUGCAUGUCUGGACUGUUUUUCUGCAAAUAACCAGUGCGGAUUGAGUAGCAUGGGAGAUGAUUGUCGAGUGAUUGAAUUCAAAGAAGGAACAAAAAAUAAGAUCUUACCAAAUCACGUCAUUAGGGGAGAUCAUCUGCCAGACAAGAAUGUUUGUGAAUUGAGAUGCUAUCUUGAACCAAACUGCGUUUCCUACAACUAUGGUCCACUGUCAGAUGGAACAUUCACAUGUGAACUGAAUGACAGGACCCACUUACAAGUCCCCGACUCCCUUGAAGACAAAAGCGGAUUUUUAUACACAGAAAUUUUUAAUCCUUGUGAGAGCAUUCCAUGUGCCAAUCACGCCACAUGUCAAGCGGGGUUUGGUAACCAUGGAUACCGCUGUAUUUGUCCUGCUGGAUAUCGAGGAGUUCAGUGUAAAAAAGAUAUCGAUGAGUGUAACGAUGAAAGCCAUGACUGUCACUUUGCGGCCGAUUGUACAAACACCGCUGGAUCAUUCGACUGCAGCUGUCAGUCUGGACACCUUGGAGAUGGACGGCACUUUUGCUCAGAUAACUGGAAAAAGGUCAACCUCGAUCCUGUCUGUUUUGGGACAAAAAAUGACGACCACGGAACUUUUGAUAUCCAAGAAGCCGGUCAAAUCUACACAUUUAAACUUGUCCAUACAAGUGGCUCCGUGACAUGCCUCACUUCAAAAACAUCAACAAAGUGGGGAUGCUCAUUGCCAAUUUACGGAAAUCACAACCUAAUGACGGUGAUAACUUACAGCAACAAAACAGUUCUUCCGCUUGCUGAGUUCUUGAAAGGCAGCGACAGUACAUACUAUACUUACCAACUUGAUGGUGCCGAUUUCAACUCCGCAACACUAGUGUUUAAGCUCCUACCCACCCCACUGGUUGUAUUGGUUGGGCAGCAGUUUCAGUUAUGGUAUGCGCAUGACUUGGUCAAUUAUACUGAGAAUAAUAACGAUGGUAAGACAUGCGCGGACGUUUAUGCUCUGUACCAUUGACACGGUUAAACUGUUGCGGCAACUACAGAUGACUUCGGUCGUACGUCGGCACUUUGCUGAAUCCCACCGGCAAACAAUCGGAGAGCGGGUGGUAUUUAGUUCAUAAAGAAGGCACGGUAGAUGUGAUAUGGCUUCAAUCACCAGGUCCUUCAUGAAUGGUCCGUUCAGUUGGCACGAUAAGUAAGCUGAUUGGUUACCUGGUCCCUAUAGUGACAAAUUAAGCAAGCUUCGACAUCGAUAUGGAAA